UAUUUGAUAAACUGAUAACAGCUCUUUUUUGUUGUAUUUAGUCUUUUUAUAACUAUUGAUUAAAAAGUAAGAUUUUAAUUCGGUGGAUUAUAUAAGUUUUCUUUCCUGUUUGACUAUGAAAUUGAAAUUUUGUGCCAAUUUAUCAUUCAUGUAUCAAGAGGCAGCGGUCUUGGUCGAGAGGUACCGCCUGGCUGGCCGGGCCGGCUUCCGUGGUGUCGAAUGCGCUUCUCCGUAUGACUCCGACCUAGAUGAGUUGGUUCGGGUGAAAGAGGAGCUCGGUCUCGAGCAGGUCCUCAUCAAUGUGCCGACAGGUGAUCCGAAUAAGGGUGAGCUCGGAUUUGCCGCUCUACCAGGCCGGGAGGACGCGUUCGACAAGAGCCUCAACAAGGCGAUCUCGUACGCAAAACGGCUCGGAUGCCGUCGUAUACAUGUAAUGUCCGGUGUGGUCAAACGCGACCCAGAUACUCUCAAAACAUUCGAGGCUAAUUUGAUAAAAGCGGCGGCUGUUUUAAAAUCGAACGAAAUGGUCGGCCUGAUCGAGCCGAUAAACAAGUACUCACUGCCAGGCUAUUUCCUUAAUGAUUACGGCACAGCUUGCGAAGUCGUGAGACGUGUCGACAGCCCGCAUCUAAGACUGCAGCUCGAUGUCUUCCACAUGCAGACAAUUACGGGCAACUUGACUAGGAACAUUGAGGAGAUGCUGCCGCUUGUCGGACACAUCCAGGUCGCUCAGGUGCCAAACAGGAACGAACCGGAUACGCCUGGCGAGGUCGACUACGCUUACCUCUUUGACCUGCUCACCCAACUCAGCUACUCUGGCUGGAUCGGCCUCGAGUACAAACCACGAUCCGGAACAGACUGUGGCCUGCGUUGGAUAAAAGAAUUCGGAUACAUUUUAUAAAUGAAAACUUACAAAAUAUCAAUAAACAGUUAUUUUACAAUAA